UCUAAGCUUAAACACCGGGUUAAGGCUCACAUAAUAUGUAUAAUUUUGUGCCACAAUUUAACAAACAAAAUAUGUUAUAAAACAAUUGUUUAGUUUAAUAAUGCUUUGGUGCUAUUUGGAUAAAAGUAAUUAAAGCAGAUGUCGACGAGAAGUGGAGAGAAAGAGGAGGAGGAAGAAGAGGAUCCCAUAGCAGCUCUUGGUCUCUCAGACGAGAUUUUGGCAGAUUACCAAAGAGCGUUUGACCUAUUUGACCCGGACGGAGAUGGAACUAUCACUACGCUGGAGCUGGGAACUGUUAUGAGAGUGAUUGGACAAAAUCCGACGGAAGCCGAGCUGCAAGACAUGGUCAAUGAGGUGGAUGAAGACGGAAAUGGGACCAUCGAGUUUGAAGAAUUUGUGAAAAUGAUGGUGUCUAAAACUACAUCACAAUCAGACAACAUUACCCAAGAAGCCUUUAACGUGUUUGAUAUUGAUGGUUCCGGGUUUAUAUCCUUUGAAAAUCUGAAGCGCGUGAUGGAGAACCUGGGGGAGGAGCUACCCGACAACAUCAUACACGAGAUGAUUGGCAAGAUAGACGCGGAUGGGGAUGGUCGGGUCAGUUUCGAGGAGUUUGCGGAGAUGCUUGAAGUCAGCGAUGAAACUCAGUUAAAACAUAAUAGAGAAAAGACAGUAAAGAAACAAAAAGAAUCAACAAAAGAAAAACAUACAACGGAUGAAAACACUGACCAUUCUGAAAGUGCCUAAGCUAUUGCACAUACUGUCAAUUGUAUAUGUAUAAUCAUUGUUGUUGCCAAAUAAAUAUUUUGA